CUGUACUAAUAUUGGUCGAAGACCUUGGAAACCCCUUGCUGUUAGAAUAAUAUACCAAAAUAUAUGGCUAAUUUGCGAGCUUUCAUUGUUGGUAGUACUGGCGAAACAGGAAAAGCAUUACUCAAAGCCUUAGCUAAAGAUACAAGAUACAGUUCUAUCAAAUUAAUUCAAAGGCGUAAAACAGAUGUUGAUUAUGGUUUUGAAAACAAAGAUUCUGAAAAUCGUUUCACUCAGAUUAUUAUAGAUUUCGACCAUUUAGAUGACUAUCAAGAAGUAUUUCAAGAUACUGAUGUGGGUUUUUGUGCCUUUGGGACAACCUUAAAAAAAUCAGGAAAGGAAAAAAUGAGGAUAAUAGACCAUGACUAUGUAAUUCAUAUUGCAAAGUUAAGUUCUGCAGCUGGCUGUAAAGAAUUUCAUCUUGUCAGUUCAAAAGCAGCAAAUAAAUCAAGUAUCUUUUUUUAUCUUCAACUUAAAGGUGAAACAGAAUCAGAUUUAAUAUCACUUAAUUUAUUUCCUAAAUGUCUUGCAAUUUAUCGUCCAGCUACUUUAUUAUGUUCACGUGUUGAAUCACGACUAGCGGAAAGAGCUUUUCAAAUUUUAUUGAAACCUUUCGCAUAUCUUGCACCUACAUUAUUAACAACACCAAUUGAUAUCCUUGCAAAGGCUAUGGCUAAUGCUCCAUUUAG